AUGGAGAGCCUUGCUCUGACAGCUUUGAGAUUCGACACUGCAGACAUAUUACCUGAAGACCUGCGCCCCUUGGAUGCCAAAGACACCCUUGAUGUUCAUGACGCUAUUUUGAACAGCGCAGGUUGUAUCAACCUGGCCGAAAGCAUCAACGAUCACUUUGGCUAUGACGACCUCCCCUGUAUGCCAAGGGCACGAGAAGAGGCCGUCCUGGAUCAAUUGUCAUUUUGGCAUCCAGUCAUUGAUCAUGAAGCAAACUUCAUCGAUGUCGGCUCUCAGUUGGCUCCGCUGUUCACUCAUAUCAGUGGUAUGGCUCUCCGAGUUGAGAAGUGUUACUUCGAUAGCAAAGAACGUCAUGGCAAAUUUGUACUAAGUGAGGGCAUCUUGUAUGCACAGAAGCUUUCCGAUUUUGACAACGAUGUGGUUCCUGAUUCCAAUACCAUCAUGAACGUUUGGGAAUAUCGGGCUGGCGUCAUCUCGGCAUUUGACCUCCACACGGCCAGGAUGCUGGACAAUGAGAAGCUUCCAUUCUUUGGGAGUAAGUCAGAACCCAUCCGGCGGUUUUCGGGUCCAGCGCUUGAACUCUCUAUGACACACAGCAGAAAUGACAAUGCUGCGGGUUUUGGGUCUGGUCAGCAGCCCUUCGAUGGCAUCAAGGAGCUGUUAAAAAGCACGCACAACGGGGGACUUCACUAUAUCUACUACUGUACCAAGGUCGACCCUGACUUGAUGGCCCCAAACCACAGGGAAAGCUUAGUCUACAUGCUGGCUAUCAGAAGUCCCAUUAUGAUUCGACUCUUGCAGCUUUUGUACAAGCAUGUGCGUCAAGAAGGAAAUCGUGUUUUGCUCAUGGUGGAUACAAUUUGGAUAUAA